AUGGCUCGCAUCACGGCUUCCGUCCUUUUCACCGCCAGCUUGGCGCUUACGGCCAACGCUCAAGCUCCCGUCUGGGGGCAAUGCGGCGGUAACGGCUGGGGCGGCUCGACCAGCUGCGCCGCGGGAUCGUACUGUUCCUCGCAGAAUCCCUGGUAUUACCAAUGCGUUCCCGGAACCACACCGGCGGCGUCCUCGACCAGGGUCACCAGCGUCCCUGCCUCAACCACAAGCCGCGCCGUGACGACUACCGCCUUGACAACCACCGCCGCCUCUGUGCGCUCAAGCUCGUCCUCCCGCGCCCCGUCGUCGACGUCCGUCCCAGUACCGGUCCCGUCCGGCCCCAAGUACUUCAUUACCUUCGGCGAUUCGUACUCCCAGACGGGCUUCAACAUCAACUCGACAAAGCCCAACCCUCAGAACCCGCUCGGCAACCCGGCUCUGCCCGGCUGGACCGCCAGCGGCGGCCUCGACUGGGUCGGCUUUAUGGUGACGCAGUUCAACGCCUCCCUGACCUACUCCUACAACCUCGCCUACGGCGGCGCCACCACCGACGCCAGCCUCAUCGCCCCUUACACCAGCACCGUCCUCAGCUUCAUCGACCAGGUCGCCGAGUUCUCGCGCAGCCUGGCCCCGCGACCCGCCUGGGCGCCGUGGACCGCCGACAACACGCUUGUCGGGGUGUGGAUGGGCGUCAACGACGUCGGCAACGCGUUCUGGUCGUCGAACCGCGAGGCGCUGCUCGUCCAGGUUCUGGCCAAGUACUUUGAGCAGCUGCAGAUUCUGUACGACGCCGGCGUCAGGAAGUUUGUCCUCCUCAGCGUGCCACCAACCCAAAAGACCCCCCUCAUGCUCGCCAAUGGCGCCGACUCCAACGCCCAGCUCGCGGCCGCCAUCAAGCAGUACAACGACCUCAUCGUCAGCAAUCUCGCCGCCUUCAAGACCAAAAACGCCGGGGUCACGUCCUGGAUCGUCGACACCGCCGCUGCCUUCGACAAGGCCAUCGCCAACCCGACGGCAUACGGCUCGCCCGACGCCACCUGCUUCAACGCCGACGGCGUCAGCUGCCUGUGGUUCAACGACUACCACCCGGGCGUGCAGAUCCAGCGGCUCGUCGGGCAGGCCGUCGCACAGGCCGUCGGGCAGGCCGUCGCACAGGCCGUCGGCGCGCCGUGGUUUACCGCGUAG